CCAAUCAUAGACAGUGAAAACUGUCCGAAGGGUAUUUUUAGGCGCAAAACUUAGACGAGAAGCUCAUCAUUCUGGAGGCGUUCAAGAACGGCGGACACGUCAAGAUGUUGAGUAAGAUCUCACAUUGGCUGGCCACGCGGCACGAGGACAAGGGCGGUGCUAGCGAUGCUUUCGUGCAGCAGCGCUAUGACGCGCUGGUAUGUUGGUUGGAGCUGUUGCAAUUGACGAGAUCUGAGAAUUUUGUCAUUGAACUACAGUCGCGGCUUAAGAACGCCACGCUAGCGGUGCUACGCAAGGAAAAUGCGGCGGAUUUAAACGAUGUAGGCGAACAGCAACCAACUGCCGGGCAGCAGGAAGGGUCAAUGCCCCGGGAGAUACGUCUGCCGCUGACAGAACACGACUCUUGUGUUGGCGAGCUCUGUACGUUGCUGCCCUGGUUGAGUUUAGGCAGUGAACAGAUAGAUAUUGACGAUUGUAUUUUGUGUGGUCAGGUGUGGCACUGGAGGAAUGCUUGGUGUUGGGACUCAAACCCCGCAGUGACGAGGAGCAGCCGUGUUGGUGGCACGUGCUGUAUGCCAGCACGCUCAUUGUUGACGAGCCAACGCUAGUGCAGAGCGUGCUCUCUGCAGCAUUCCUAUCGGAGACUGAUGUAGGGAAAGCACGUUGCUGGUUGAAGAUUGCGCUAAACAACCACACUAUUGAGUCCAGUAUAAUGAUGAUUUUCUCAAUGGCAUGCGAGCACUUGAUCCGCAACAAUUACGAGGAGUGGUCACUCGUUCGCUGCUCUGAAGGAUUGGGGUUGUUUCUAGAGCUGGUUAUUGCUCUUCGAGAGGUGCAUUUCGCUAUUGAAGUCAAUGGCGAGCCAUUCUAUGUGCCGGAGCAAGCGGAAUCAACAGAACCAGAGCCUACUGAGAGCAACAGCGGAGAAAUGGUUUCUACAAUUACAGAUGCAGAUAUUGCUGCUGCGGUGGGGGCGUCGCCUUCCAGAGCUGGAUCAUUCCUACCACCCCCAGACGCUGAACCAGUGCUAGUCGAGCUAGAAGACGUAAAAGACCUGGAGAUUCAAGAGGCUGAAACCGUCACAGAAGAAGAAGAGGACUGUAUCCAGUUGCCUUCGGCGUUAUUUCCGCAUCGCCUCAAGGACAUAAAACCAUGGCAGUACGUGUUCGGUGUCAGUCUGGCAUCCCUCUCGAAGAAUCCGUACCACAGCCGCUACGCUCUGAUUGACCCACUUCUAGCACUCCCGAACAUUGUGGACGAUUGCGUUGCGAUAUUGAGAGAGAAUCCAGACACCCCGCGACUGUUUCGUGCGACUGUGUUGAGCAUUCGCUUGAACCAGCUUCGGGAAAUUGUGGAGACGGAGGGUUCAGUACCAAAAGAUCUGGAUCCACAAUGUGCAGGAGCAUUACUCUUAGAUUUUCUGAAAAAUCUGCCAGACUCCAUAGUGACCGAUGACAAAUACGACGCGUUUGUGGCUGCUGGGCAAUUACGCGAUGAAGACGCAAGCGUUCGGAACAUUACGUGCUUGGUGAACGACCUGCCUGUGCAUUGCCAGAUUGUAUUGAAAAGAGUUAUCAACCUGAUGAACUUUUUGCAGCAACCAGAGCAUUGUGAACAAAAUGGCGUCGAUGUCGUUACAGCGUCUUCUGUACUAGCUCCAGUAAUUGCAUUCAAGAAAGACUCUGGAAGUGGCUUGCCAUCCGAACGCACGCGUGCUAGGACGCAUUCUCAGUAUCAAGACGUGAGGUAUGCAGCAGUGGGAGCCCAAGUGGUGGAGCGGAUGAUCGAGCACUACGCGACCAUUUUUCAUGAUGUACGUGUGCAAGUUGUGGAUGCACUUGAGCGCCUGGAGGCCAAGAAGGAAGCACUUCGAAUGGUGUCGCAUCAGAUGAAGCUCCAACCACAGAUGAACUUUUUGUCAGAUAGACAGCAGUUGAACGAGAUUAGUCGAUUAUUCCGCGACCACUUAGAAGGAGGUGAUAUCACUUCAACAGCAAAUAACGCAGUAACUGCGCAAAGCGCAGAGAGCUCAAAAUCAGAAACUGCAACAGAUCUGGAGACUGAAACGCAACCUAACACUACCACCAACUUGGAGCUAGACUUGCGGAGGCCGACAGCUGCGACGCCACCGACUAGUGCUACUAGCAGUGGGGGAUCUUCACCGACAACCAGCGAAAUAACAGAGCAGGAACUCGUGAGCAUCUGGGAGCAGUUUGGUUUUAAUAGGCCAACCAUCUUGGGGAAUUUUGAGAAGGGUGGCGUGCUGAUGCUACGAGCUAUUUUGUACUGGCUGAAAAAUGACCCAGAUGCAUUAUCGCUGCUGAAGAUGCGAGCACUACCGUCUGAGUUGCCGUCUUACGACGCAGGACUGGUGGCGUCGUCCAUUUGCGAGUCCUUAGUGAAGCUUCUGAAACUAUUUUUGAGCCCGAAGCACCCGGAGAUCGACAUUGUGACAAUGUCAUUGGAGCCAUUCUGGGAGCUAUUUGACGAGGACAUGUACUUCAGUAAGCUGUUCAUGUUCAUGUUUCAGGUGUACGAUCAACUCUGGAGUGAAUUGGACCCAAAGGCGGCAUCUUUUACUCGUGUGAUUACUGAAACCGAGGGAAUCAUGAACGAGUUAUUGAAGAAAGCGCCAAUUACUGUGUACGACCUGCGAAUGGAAUGGGAAGAUAUAAGAACACGCCGUCUCGAUGAGGGCGAAGAGGUUCUGGAAAUGCAAGCAGAGCUGGUCGAAGAUGAAGCGUUCCGGAUUGCAGAACUCGCAGAUCAAUCGCUACUUUCACCCCCAUUGCGCUACUCCAAGAAGAAACCCUCGUUCGAUUAUAAUCCAGACGAUUACAAGUCGAAGCUGAUGGAGUCAUCAAGCAUUCUGGAGAUAGAGCACAUCGCGUAUAUUGACCAUGCGUUGCCGAUCACAAGUCAAUUGUGUCGGUGGUAUCGAAUUUACAGUGUCGAGGCGAAUGGAUCCUCGUUGGAGACAUUGCUCAUACUAGCGAAGAAGCAGAGCCCGACGUUAUUGGUGGUCAAGGACGCUGGGGGAAAUGUGUUUGGUGGAUUUGCUUCGGACGAAUGGCACCAUGCUUUCCACUAUUAUGGGACGGGUGAGUCUUUCUUGUUUUCCUUCGCGAACCCAAGCGCUGCAGGUGGGUUUGUGAAGUAUCAAUGGAGCCGCAAGAAUAGUUACUUUAUGCUGUGCUCGGAUGAGUCGUUGAUUAUGGGUGGCGGUGGCAACUUUGGUUUGUUCCUGGUGAGUACUGUAGAGCUGCUUACUGUAAGGGAUGAAGACUAAUACGUUUGUUCUCUUUGGUCCAUCAGGAUAGCGAUUUAUCCAGAGGAACAAGUGGCGCGUGCGAGACGUUUAAUUCGCCUCCAUUAACCACCUCGCAAGAGUUUUCUUGCGUCCAAGUCGAGUUGUGGGGCUUCACAACAGGAGACAAGCCCGUUGAAAUCGGUGAGCGACACAGGAAGAGUGUGUUGGACUAGCAGCUGGGACUGCCAAAAGAACGACAACGUUAUAUCUAUUUACUCUAAACCCGGGGGAAUCGACUAGUGCAUACAGUAUAGUAAUCAGUGAAAGCACGGCUAGGUAAUAUAUUCUGAAAAAAAAAACUCGAUAUAUUGCAAUCUCA